ACACACACACACACACACACACACACACACACACACCUCAGGAUGGUUCGCUCCCCCUUUAAGCCAGCCUCGUUCGUGCAGCAGCAGAACUGAAGCUUGUCCGCCUGCACAACUGCUCUGCAUGCGCAGCACCGCCCCGCGCGCCUCACUGCGUUAAUAUUUAGCAGAAAGAGGUUCGUCUGGCUGGGCUCGCGUGCUGGUCAGGUUGGUACAGACACGUAAGGCGGUUCGUUGGGAACGGCGCCGGAUUUACGGUUCUGUGGGGUUCUCGGAUCUUCGUGCACGAGACCGCAACUUGUCACGGGGUUUGCAGAGCUGUCGUUGAGGUGCAGUAGCCUGUGAAUUUGGAUUACGUCCCGAUUCUGAAGACUUUCCAGACUUUUCUCUGUGCUGUAGGAUAGUGCUCUAUCUAAAGUCUGUCAGACAUUUUCUCCUUUCAUAUUUCCCUGCCCAUAACACUUUUUUUAAACCCCCCCAGUCCUCUUGGUUCAUUCCUCCACCGGCAGCCACCAUUCGCCCCUCUCUCGCUACAGCGGUCCUCCCGUCCAGGCCCCGCUCCCAGCAGGCGCCGGCCAUGGCGCCCCAGGGGCGGGAGCACCUGGCCGCUCGGGAGCAUCAGCAGGCCGCUGGGCGCAGACGCAGCCCUCACCUGCGUCAUACAUUGAGCCCGGAGAACCUGCGGAGCCUGUCCGAGCGGAGCGGGACCGACCCUUGCGGAACUGCACCCAGCCUCCCCAGGGCCACCAGUGACACUGACCUGGUCAGUUCCCAAGGUCGCUCUUCACUUACGGCCUCCACGUUGGAUUUUACCCUCAACCGUGGGCAGAACUUAGUCAUCUCCUGGGACAUCAAGGAGGAGGUGGAUGCCACUGACUGGAUCGGACUCUACCACAUAGAUGAAACCUGUCCAUCGAACAUGUGGGACUGUAAGAACCGCGGCGUGAACGGGACGCAGUGCGGGCAAAUCGUGUGGAGGCUGGAGCUUGGCCCAUACUUCCUGGAAGCGGAGACCAGGGUCUGUUUCAAAUACUACCAUGGCGUGAGUGGAGCCCUGAGGGCAACAACACCCUGCAUCACUGUCAAGAACCCCAGAGUUUCGGCUGAAGGCCAAAGUGAAGGACAGCUGACUUCAGACAGCAGCCGAAAACUGCUCAGCUUCACCCUCUCAGAAAUCCGGGCGGUGGGCCUGAAGAAGGGAAUGUUCUUUAAUCCGGACCCCUACCUAAAGAUGAGCAUCCACCCUGGCAAACGCAGCGGCUUUCCAACCUUCUCCCACCAUGGCCAGGAGCGCCGAUCCGGCAUCACCACCAACACCACCAACCCAGUGUGGCACGGAGAGAGACACACCUUUGUGGCGCUGAUGACGGAUGUGCUGGUCAUUGAGGUCAAGGACAAAUUCGCCAAAAGUCGACCAAUCAUCAAACGCUUCCUGGGUCAGCUCAACAUUCCAAUCCAGAGGCUGAUGGAGAGACAUGCGUCUGGGAACCAGUCUCUGAGCUUCUCCCUCUGCCGCCGGCUGCCUACAGACCAUGUUAGUGGGCAGCUACAGUUUAAGGUGGACUUCACGCCCACUAACCAGGAUGAUGUCUCCUCUGAGUCGUUUCUUGGAGUGGCAGCCCUGAAUGGACCCCCUGGUACCCCUUCCGAUGAUGAGGAUCUGCCCCACGCUCUUCCCAUCACAUCUGGAGGUGCUUCCCCCACAGGGUCACAAGGUUCCCGCAGGAAUGGUGAGGGAGGCAGCAUCCAGUCACCUGAUACCGAGACGUGCUGCCCAACUUUGUAUGACGAAGGCCUUUCUUCCCCUGAUGCGAUUCAGGGUGCCUUUAGUGAUCAACUGGAUGAAAUCGAGGCUCCGAAAGGUCCUGGAGAACGGCCAAUGUGUGCAGCUUCCCCUAAACUCUGCUCAAGUUUUCCUACACACACCCGCCUCAGCGCCAUGCUGCACAUCGACUCUGAUGAAGACGAGGAGCGGUCUGUUGGGAUCGAUUCCGGGCCAUCCACUCUGAGCAUGGUCCACAGUGUUAUUCCCAGAAAACUGCCCGUCUUUCCCAAGCCCACAGAAGUAGCCGAGCAACCUGAACCAGAAGGAGAGGAACCACUGGGAGAGGAACCAGAGGAGGUGGUUGGGCAGGAGUCAGAGGUGGAGACAGAGGUGGUUCUGGAGCCGGAGGCGGUCCCCAGUUCUGUGGCUCCAGAAGUAGAGACAGCUAGCCUAAUGGAACGGCAGGAGGAAGGGGAGGAGGAUGGUCUGGGGCCCAGUGAGGAACUGGCCACAGAGGUGGACAUUUCAUCCAUGGCUUCUGACAGUGGCCCAGUUGCCAGCCCUGCCAUGCAGCAGAAAGCAGAGCGGGGCGCAGAGACUGCUAUAGAUCCAGGGGGAGGAGAUUUUUCAGAUGACCCAACCACAACCAGCGACGGCGCAGUCUGCACAGGGGUACAUCCUCCAGAUGAUGCUCUUGAACUGGGCACGCCACUGCCUGAACUGGUAGCCAAAGAGGAGGAUGAAGAUGAGGUGGAGGAGGACACUAUGUCCAGGAGGUGGAGUCUGGAGGCGACAGCAGGCGUGUCUCAAGAUGAAGAGGAAGAGGAUGAGCUGCAUUCGGUGGAGGGCGGGUCUGUGGAUUCAGAGACCUUUGUUACGGAAACGGAUACAGAAACAAGUAACCCUCAGGUAAACGGGCACCAGCAGGUUCGCUCGCUUCCCUCCGUAAGACAAGAUAUCCACAGAUACCAGCGCGUGGACGAACCCUUGCCUCCCAACUGGGAGGCUCGUAUUGACAGUCAUGGCCGUAUCUUCUUUGUGGACCAUGUAAACCGCACCACCACAUGGCAGAGGCCCACGAGCCCUCCAGCUCCACAGGGCCUGACCAGGUCCAGCUCCAUCCAGCAGAUGGAACAGCUCAACCGCAGGUAUCAGAGCAUCCGCAGGACGAUGACCAGCGAGCGGUCCGAGGAGCCAGCCGUGGACCCUCCUCCUGCAGAGGACACGGAUGUGCUGCCCCACUCCCUGUGUGAAUAUCGUAGGGAAUCCUCAGUGACCCACACCAGUUCUCGCUCUCGGCUGGCACUGCUGCUCCAGUCUCCUGGUGCCAAGUUACUCUCAAGUCCUGACUUCUUUACUGUGCUGCAUUCCAACCCUAGUGCCUAUCGCUUGUUUACAAGUAACAGCUGUCUGAAGCACAUGAUCAGUAAGGUCCGGAGGGAUGCAGCAAACUUUGAGCGCUACCAGCAUAACCGAGACCUGGUUACAUUCCUCAACCUGUUUACCAACAAGCAGCUAGAGCUGCCGCGAGGCUGGGAGAUGAAGCACGACCACACCGGCAAGGCAUUCUUUGUUGACCACAACUGCCGUGCAACGACUUUCAUCGACCCACGACUUCCCCUGCAGAGCUCCCGCUCCAGCGGCCUGUUGGCCCACCGCCAGCACCUCACCCGCCAGAGGAGCCACAGUGCAGGAGAGGUAGGCGAGGUUGUGGAAGAGUCACGCUCACCAAGUCCUCCAAUACAGCCACAAACUUCCAGUACCUUCAGUGGUUCCAGCCGCAACCAGUACCAGGACCUUGUGCCUGUGGCCUAUAAUGAAAAGAUUGUGGCGUUCCUGCGACAGCCUAACAUACUGGAGAUCCUGCAGGAGAGGCAGCCAGAACUUGUGAGAAACCAUUCACUUAAAGAAAAGGUUCAGUUUAUUCGGAAUGAAGGGGCAUCUGGGUUGGCACGGCUCUCCAGUGAUGCAGAUCUAGUAAUGCUACUCAGUCUGUUUGAAGAGGAAGUGAUGUCGUACGUGCCACCCCAUGCUUUAUUGCACUCCAGCUACGGUCAUGGCUCCCCACAGGGCUCCCCUGGUACAUCUCGCGCCAAUGCUCGUGCUCCCGCCCCGUACAAACGAGACUUUGAGGCUAAACUAAGAAACUUCUACCGCAAGAUGGAGACAAAGGGCUAUGGACAGGGACCAGGAAAAGUGAAACUGAUUAUUCGUAGAGAUCACUUGCUGGAGGAUGCAUUUAACCAGAUAAUGUGCUACUCCCGUAAAGACCUGCAGAGGAGCAAGCUCUAUGUCAGCUUUGUCGGAGAGGAGGGGUUGGACUAUAGUGGCCCAUCCAGGGAGUUUUUCUUCCUGGUGUCCCGAGAACUCUUUAACCCGUAUUAUGGACUUUUUGAAUACUCAGCCAACGACACUUACACUGUGCAGAUCAGCCCGAUGUCGGCCUUUGUGGACAACCACCAUGAAUGGUUCCGGUUCAGUGGGCGGAUUUUGGGCCUUGCUCUAAUUCAUCAGUAUCUUCUGGAUGCCUUCUUCACUCGACCAUUUUAUAAAGGCCUGCUCCGCAUCCCGUGUGAUUUAAGUGAUCUGGAGUUCCUGGAUGAGGAGUUCCACCAGAGCCUCCAGUGGAUGAAGGAUAAUGAUAUUGAGGACAUGCUGGAUCUCACAUUUACCGUUAAUGAGGAGGUGUUUGGUCAGAUUACAGAGCGGGAGCUGAAGCCUGGAGGGGCAGGAGUUCCGGUGUCUGAGAAAAAUAAGAAGGAGUACAUUGAGCGCAUGGUGAAGUGGCGCAUAGAGAGGGGUGUGGCCCAACAGACUGAAAGCCUGGUGCGAGGAUUCUAUGAGGUGGUGGAUGUGCGGCUGGUUUCGGUGUUUGAUGCUCGGGAGUUGGAGCUAGUCAUCGCUGGAACUGCAGAAAUUGACCUGGCAGACUGGAGAAACAACACAGAGUAUAGAGGAGGUUAUCAUGACAAUCAUAUUGUCAUCCGAUGGUUCUGGGCAGCAGUGGAACGUUUUAACAAUGAACAGAGACUGAGACUCCUGCAGUUUGUUACAGGCACCUCAAGUAUUCCCUAUGAAGGAUUCGCCUCUCUCCGGGGAAGCAAUGGCCCACGUCGGUUCUGUGUUGAGAAAUGGGGCAAAGUCACGUCCCUGCCAAGGGCUCACACCUGCUUUAACCGCCUGGAUCUCCCUCCGUAUCACUCCUUCUCCAUGCUUUACGAGAAGCUGCUCACCGCUGUGGAGGAAACCAGCACCUUCGGCCUGGAGUGAAGCUUCCUCACCAGGCUCUCCUUCACCUGCCACCACAUCUGGAAUGCCACAAGCCUUUUAGCCCCUCCUCCUUUUCACCUCUAUUAAUUUGGCAUUUGUUCCUGGAGCCUUUAUUCCUUUCCUGUGAAACCAAGUCUGUGUGACUGAUCGAAGCUGCUCUUGGUGGCUCCUAGCAGACCUGAGGCCUAGAUUGGUUCUCUGGUCUGUAGACACACAAACACACACAAUGCUUUAGUUGUACGAUCAGGAAUGAUAGCACUACCCCCUCUUUAAUAUUUCUCUCUUACUUCAUCUCACAUUCAAACACACAGACCAUAGUUACAGAGUACAGAACACCCGUAAAUAAUCCAAUGCAUUCUCUCACACACACACACACACACUGUCACAAUUAAUGUUAACACAAUCAACCCACCUCAGUCUCCACCCACAAAUGUGUUUUUUCACAGUAACAGCAGUGAGGUUGGGCAAGUUUACAGAAUACUGGCAAAAUCCCAUUCUGUCUAAUGGGAACAUUUUUCAGUUUAAAAUGUGCCCACUACCAAACUGGACUAUAUUGGCAUACUAAAACCAGGAAAAAUGUAAAUGCUACCAUAUUACUGUUACUUUGUUUACACACAAUGAUACAGUGCAAUCUAUCUGUAUGGGAUCUUUCACAUAUUCAAUACUGAUACUAAGUACAAUUGUCAGAGACCACCCGUUGUGUAUUUUAUUUCCAGUCAAAACUAAAACUAAGUUACUCAGGGUUCUGAGUUGUUUAUUGUAUUAAGGUGGGUCAUACUAUUUUACCAUCAGCAGCCAGAGACACUGGGUGGGUAUAGUAGGUGACGCUCUCUCCCCUCAUCACUCCCCUUAUGAUGUUAGCUGAAACUAAUGGCCCUGUCUUACACCCUGUGAAAGGGUGCGUCACGAUGCUCCUUGCUAUCUUACACCCUGUCAACAGUCUAGUUUCACACCUUGCCCUAAACCAUUAAAAUAGCCUUAGUGCAGGGGUGUCCAAACUUUUUUUGUUGGGGGCCAGAAGGAGAAAUAUAUUUGAUGUCACGGGCCACAGACUCUGUAAUAAGACAAAUCAUGAAAUAUACCACUUUAAAUAAUACUUUUUUCCUGAUUAUUUCAUUUACACACCAUUUUACUUGACUUACUAUCUUUGACAGUGUUGUGUAAACUAAGAUUUUUCAAAUUGAUGUUUCAUUUCAUGAUGUCUCUUAAUAUUAAACUCCUUAAUCACGGCAACUUUUAGACUCUUUGGCCCGUUUUUCUGCGCUAGAAAUGCGCACUCUCUCCGCGUUUAGACUCUUUGGCCCAUUUUUCUGCGCUAGAAAAGCACACCCUCUCCACUUUUAGACUCUUUGGCCCGUUUGUCUACGCUAGAAAUGCGCACUCUCUCCGCUUUUAGACUCUUUGGUCCAUUUUUCUGCGCUAGAAAUGCGCACCCUCUCCGCUUUUAGACUCUUUGGCCCGUUUUUCUGCACUAGAAAUGCGCACUCUCUCCGCUUUUAGACUCUUUGGCCCAUUUUUCUGCGCUAGAAAAGCACACCCUCUCCGCUUUUAGACUCUUUGGCCCGUUUGUCUACGCUAGAAAUGCGCACUCUCUCCGCUUUUAGACUUUUUGGUCCAUUUUUCUGCGCUAGAAAUGCGCACCCUCUCCGCUUUUAGACUCUUUGGCCCGUUUUUUUGUGCUAUAAAUGCGCACUCUCUCCUCAUUUAGACUCUUUGGCCCGUUUUUCUGCGCUAGAAAUGCGCACCCUUUUCACUUUUAGGCCCGUUUCUGACAGCUAGCGUUUGAAUCUCACGUUAUAAAAACCUGCUUAACAGCGGGCCAACUUUCAUUCUAUUUCUAAAAUACCAGUGGGCCGUAGUUUGGACACCCCUGCCUUAGAGUUUAUAAAUAUGUUUACGCAGAUGAGCGUGGUGGUCUGAAAGUGACGUGUGUUCAGAUAAAUAUCUGGCAUUUUUCUAUCUUGGCAGCGGGAAACACAGGUGCGCCACUGACUGAUUAAAACCAUGACAACAAUCAACAGUCAGCUUAAUAUAGAAGAUAACGGCAUUUUGCUAUUUGAGAAUUUAACAUAUGUUCAUUCUCACUCAUUCUCUCUCACAUCCUGCAGUUUUGGAAAUAAAAAAUAAAAAUAGAGAAGCACUUUGACUGAAUUUAAAUAAAGUUCACUUUUAUAUUUUAUAUAUUUGAAAAACAUCAAAGCACAAUGCUCUCUCGUCUCUCGUGUGCUGUUUCCAUGAUUUGAAAGUGAAACUAAUGUCAGUUACUCAGUGUUGCAACCCAGCUUUUACAUAAACAAUAAAGAAUAAAAUAAUAUUGCUGUCCCCUUAAAUGAGCUGCUAGCAUACCUUCACAGCGUGAAUGUGCAAGUCAGUUUCGUCUGCUGAGAUGCGCAGCGCUCUUAAGAUACAAACGCACCAAAGUUACAGAGUGUCGGGCUCUUAAAGGGAAUGACUACUGGCACACUGAUUGAUUUAUUUCACGUUAUGCCCAAAACACACCCAUGAUUAAUUUCGAGAAUUACUUCAAGCCUUUUGCGCAUUUGGAGCUACGCAAGGUGUCAUUUUUGCACCCUCAGUAUACCAAAGACAUAGGCCCCUAAAGCCAGGCGGACACUGUGCGAUUUUUUUAAUCGGAUGCGUUCUGGAGAGCUCACACUGCACGUUUGAAUCGUUUGUCGUGUAUGAACAACGCCUGCGAUUCAUCUGCACACACUGUACGGUCCGACUGACCUGCUGCGACGGGGGAGCUUACACUGCACGUCUAAACGCAGCCCGUAGGCGGAGCUUUCUUUGCGUACAAACUCUCGCUUUAACACAACAUGUCGCCUUGCAAAAGAAAGCGCUUAGCUUUGCUUAUUUGUGAACGGAACAGACGUACAUGGACUCGCAGGUGGCUGAGGCGAAGUGGACUCUACGGGUUGUCCGUUUUACAGAAGGAGAGCGCAUAGAAAAAUGACUGCGCGUCAGGCUGCGAAAGAAACACCAGCAGCUUAAAUAAAAUAAAAUAAUUUUAUUUUUUAUUCUGUUUAUUGUUUAUGUAAAAACUGGUUUUGCAACACUGAAUAUUAAACAAGCAAUCGAUUAUUCACACUGGAUAGGGACCCUCAUUUACAGUGCCGCUGAGCAUUAACAGUUUAAAAGGGAUUAAAAAAAUAUAUAAAAAAUAGAAAUAAAAACUGACAUUUAUUAUAGACGAAUAAAAUAUAUACGUAAAAAUGGGAAAAUAGGACCUUUUAAAAAGAUCAUAAAAAUUGACAUAAAAGGUAAAAAAUUUAUAUCUUAUGAAGAUAUAUAUUUAAUGAUUUGAUUAAUAAAAGAAGAAAAAUAAUUAAAAUGAAUAAAUAUAAAAUAUAAACUCAUUAAGAAUUCGUUUAAAAUAACCCAGGCUUUCUGCAGAAUAAUCAAAGUUUCAGUUAGUUUCAGUUUCAAAUCAUGAAAACAGCUCACCAAAACCUCAAACUAUUCUUUAUAUUUGACAAUAUUUACUUACAGGUCCUUUGAUUGUACUUACAGGCCCUUACUUAUUUUUAUUCAACUGAACUGAGUUUUAUAUUAUAUGUAGCCUCGCGCUGAAUUCAGCUCCGCGCUGCGAAAGAGAGCGAGAGAGAGGCGCAGCGCAUUUUGUCCGAUUUAUCUUGAUUAAUUAUCAGUACAUUUAUUAGCUUUAGUAAGUUUAAUAGCACUAAUUUUACUACACUUCUCCGACCUUAUUUAUUAAAACGUUUAUUUUAGAAGACAGAGGUUAUUAUGCGGGCAAUGCCGCGCGCAAUGCCACGCGCUGCGCUGGCUUUGCGUGGCUAAUAUUCUGGAGCACUGGACGAGAUUUUAAUUAAUAAAUUAAUAUAUUUAUAAUUUUAAUAAAAGUAACGAAUUAUAAAAUAUAGCUUUAUAUUUCUGUGCAUGUUUUAAGUUUUAUAUAAUUGACUGGCAGCACCAGACGCUGACAAUGUGCUUUAUUUUUCAGAUAUAAUAGCAAAGUGAAAUAAAAUAAAUUUAUGUUUGUCAAAGUUAUUUUCUCUUUUAAUUUUUCUUUUCAAAAACUCCAGCUAUUGACUGAGAAUAAUCAUCUGUUGAAAUUCUUAAACAGCAGAAUGCCUGUGUCUGCUAUAUUAAGCUAUAAGUCUGUGUACCGAACAUAAAUAUAAAUCCUUAUAACUGACAGAAAUAAAUAUGACUAAUAAUUAUUUAUAGUUACUGUGCAGAUUUUUGAGAAAACAGGUCGUGACGUUAAGAAAUCGGCCCGCAAAGCAGCUCACGCUGAGACAAGGGACCAAAAUUUCUGGCAUGUCAGAAAUCCCUGGUCGCGUCCGACUGCUCAUUCGCAGCUCGUAUGGGCAAUUAAUCGGACAUCGCUUCCCCUCUCACACUGCACGACAAACGACGCACGAUCAAGCUAAAAUUCGGCUCGAUCAUGAAAUUCAGUCGCAUCCGACCAGAUCGGGCUUAAAAUCGGGCUAAAAUCGCACAGUGUCCGCCUGGCUUAAAUCAGUCUGUGCAAAGCGCAACUGACUGAUGCGCUAUAGAUCACUAAUAUGAGGCCCAAAGCAUCUGUAAAUGAUGUAUCAGAUCUGGGGAUCCAAUGCUUUCUUCAGAGUGCGUUAUAAUGCUGCCUGGUGAUGCCACAUUGAUUGGUAGGAGUUGAAGAAGUUGACAUGCAUAGGAGGAGCAUGGGCUCGUAUUGACACUUUUAGUGUUUGGGACAUUACUAGUGGUAGGGAGAGUUCUAGUGAGUGGGUGGGUUAAUUGGGCUAAACUAAAUUGGGGAGAUAAUUGGGUAAAAAUGAAAAACAUUAUCUGUUAUGUGUCUUGUAGCAUUUUGAAUGUUGUUCUCAGAGCUUUAAGGUGUACACCAUAUAUUUAUUAGAUUUGAAGGGUCCUGAUGAAUAGAGUAGCAGUAGCGAUGCUGGGUGAGACUGGCAACUGGCGUGGUUGUGAUGCUUACGAUUUUACAUAAGAUUUGAAUAGUGGAUAUUUAAAUGUAAAUAAAAGAAUCAGUGUUAGAUUGGCAAAACCAAAUUAUACUCAUAGUAGUAGGGUCAAUUAUUUGUAUUAAAUUACAACAAUAAACAAAUUAAAAUCAUGAAUAAUUAAUAAUCCAUCAGUUACAGAAUGGGACAGCAACACUGUCAAUAUCACUAAAUGAAACCUCUUGUAUGUCGCCGGGUGUGAAUGUGAGAAAGUUAGGGCCAAACCAGGUACUGUGAUUAAUUAACGUUAAAAUAUUAACAAAUUAAUGUAUCAAGAUAUGAUUUGAUAUGAUUUAUUUUGAUAUGAUUUUUGCUGGAAAUUAAAUAAAUGAAGGUUGGUCUCAAGGAAUGUUGAAUCUGGAUUAAAACACCAUACUUAAGUUGGUAUUCAUGUGUUGAAUAGGAUACGAAAGAAUGCACUUGUGGACGGAGCAGAGGAAAGAAAACUGAGUACUGAAUGUAAUUCAGUACGGUUCUACUGCACUGAAUAUCUACUGUUCCUUCACUUCUAAGAAUCAUAUCACAGAGAUCAACUCCUGAAUACUGACUGUUCCUCAUCAGUGGAGACAGAAGCUCAUUCUGAGGCCUUCAAGACACGUCUUUUUUGGAAUGUCACUUAAAGACUACCCAGUGUUCAGCUGUGUCAGGGUGAAGAUGAAUGACUGGAAGCUUUUCUGUUGUUCCUUUAGCAUGUUCGCAAUCCACGGCUACAGAUUUCGAGCGCUGCUUCAAGAGACAGCUGAGCUGACAUAACAGAUCAUUAGAAUGACUAGUUCGAGGGGGCAUUAUAGCUUUAAGAUUUCCAAUAGCAUAUCACUGGAGCUGCAUGUUACUGUAGCUGCUAAGAAACACUUAGAUUACAUUUAUGCUAACGAUGUAAGGAUUACCCUCUCUCUGUUUUCAAAACCAGGUCUAUUACGUUCACCAUCACACCAGUGCUAGUAUAUUAUACCUGACUGUAACACUAGUGGUUUAUGAUUUAGAAUAGAGUGGAGUCUCUAAAAGGGUCUUCUGGUGAUGUCAGAUUAAGUUAAUUUUCAAACCCACAGGGUGUGUUCACACAUGCCAACAAGUUGGUAAGAGAGAGAUAGCCCAUGACAUCUUCUGAUAGAUCUGUUAUGGGGACGCAAGAACCAUCUAUUUGUCCCAAAGCACUGUAGACCCACACCUGUACCCUAAACUUUCCAGAGGCUUCAAGGUCAGGACAACUUUAAUGAGAAGCCACUGUUUACAGGCUGUAAGCAGAUGUGAUGUAUGUGUUGGUGUGGCUUUAUAUGUAAAAUCUUAACAUUGGGGACACAUUAUACGGACAAAUGUGAACAGAAUCUGGUCAAAGUAGAUCCAGAUACAAAACAAAUGUUAAUGCCAGGUUUAAACAGGCCCAACGUGCUUUAAACAGGAUGCUUUUUCCAAAGAUUAUCAACACUAAAUGUGUUCACAUGCACUGAAACAUCGGUUCAUAAUCAAAGUACUGCAGUUAUAUGAUUAUUCAAUUGAUCGCGUGAACAGCAUACUUUGAUUUCUUAGAUCAAGAAUAAGAAAUCUGUUCUAUAGAGCUGAAUUUUAACUCAGUAUUCAGAUGCAUUUAACCACACACAGUAUUAGAGAUGGGGUUCUGAUUGGGACCUGUGUUGACAGUUGACGUUUGGGUUUAUAUAGAUUUAUAAAAAUAAUAAUUUCCUUAAUUUUAAUGGAGUAAAAAUAACACUUUUAAUUCCCAUUAUUUUUAGAAUAAUUUGUAUAAAUAUGAUUGAUGUUUAGUGUAAUCACAAAUUAUAGCCUUUAGCAAUCAUGAUUUACCCACAUUUUUGUGUUCAUUCCACUAUUUAAAAAAAAUAUAACAAACUUUGCAACACAUCAGUAUAACAGGAGGGCUACAUUCACAGUAACAUUGGUGUUGUAAGUGGGAUAAAUAUGUAGUAAAAUUUACAGAACAUUAACAAAGUUACAGAGGUGUAAAUAUCAUGGCCUUCUGAUUUUGAUUAUAAAGAAAUGUACUUACUCAGUGAUGGUGAUAGGAGCCAGGAGUUGUAAUAAAUACAACAUAAAUAUAAAAGUUUUAUUUAUUAUCCAAAACACCAGUUAAUAUGCACAUAAUGCUUAAUCUGGAUCUGAUAUUAUUCUGUGUGCAGUAGUGUGCAAAAGUUUGGACGCCCCUGUUUCUAUGACGUUUUGUUUUUUUCUUCUACAGAGUGCAACAUUUAGGGCAUAAUUUGUUCUGCGUUUUCUCUAGAGGAUGAUAGAAAAUCAGUAUAAAAGGGUUUGACCAGCGGUGCCCAAAUGUAUGUAACUUCUUCAUAAUCGUGUUUUAUAAAACUAAAAAAAUAAUCAUUAAAACAAUAUCUCAGGCAUCAGGCAGCAUUUUCAUAACCAUAAACACUUCAUAUUUUAGGAUCCUAUCACCACUACUAAGAAAAGUGCUCUUCAUGUCAACUAACUUAGCAACUUAAUUAAAAAAGAAAAUACAGUGAAAUUCUCCUUUUAAUGUUUUGAAAAUAACAUUAUAAAUGACAUCAUCCAGAGGCUCACUCGGUAUCCAGGGGAUCAUAUGCUUAUGUGAAUAGUUUUAAACACAGUGACCCUAAUGCUGCAAUAUGUUGGAUGAUAAAAAUACAAGGUUACAUGUUUUUCCUAUGACUUUUUCCUAGUUAACUGGUUGGCAAAAAUGUGUUGUGGUAUCCCACCCCCAAUCCAUCCGCCCGUGCACACACGCAAGUCUGGUUUGGUUACAGAUAGAUUCAAAUGUUCUGAUUUGUCCUAAAUUAGCGAUGCUCUUUUUCUCUGUAUAGGUCGAUCUGUGGCUAAACCUAAUGCAUGCAGGGUCUAAAACACAGUACCUGAGUUCGACCCUUAGGUGGCGUCGUGUCAUAGCUUGAUAUUGCAUGCUGGAGUUAGUAAACUACCACCAGUCCAGAUUAGCUUUAACUUGCAUGAGGAGUUGCUGUUAUUAAACAGACGGGAUGGGCUCGGUGUUUAAAGAAUAAACCCACCCAUGCUCAUCGGAGCACCGGAGAAUCUUCAUAUUCAUGGCUUUCGACUAUCACAUGACCUGAGAUAAAAAGAAUGUAAUUAGCUAAUAGAGCUAGCACCUCGCUAACAGUUGGUGAGACUGAGAGCAUGCAUGUGGUUCACGAUGGUGUCCAUGUUUGUAUAUAGUUGUACUAUAUGGAUGGCUGUCUUGUUUCAUGUUUAAAUUAUAUUUUGCACUGAAUGUACCAAA